CCCACCCGGGAGCCGAGCUCAAAUCUGUGGCGGGAUUCGGGAUUCGGGUCUGCCUACAUCCCCGCUGUAGGCCAUGUUCAUCACCGUGAAGUAUGGAGCCGGCUGUUGGGAGCUGGUGAAUCCCUGGUGCAGCCUAGUGACCCUCACUGCCCACCUGAAGCAGAGGGGGCAGAUCCCCCCAGAUGGUGAGGAGUCAGGAAAAGGUCUGGGGAAGAGUAGCUGUGGGACCCCCAGGCAGGAGUGCCAGCUCUGCUCAGCCCCUCUCCAUGUCCUCCCAGUGACCAUCGCCCUCUUGGCUGAGGAUGGGCAUCUAGUGAGCCUGGAUAAGGGCCUGGAGACCUCCUCCACCCCUUCUAUGGGUAGUUCCCUGCUGCAGGAGCGAAGGACCUAUAUCCUGGUGCGCAUCAUCAAGGGAGAGGAUGGAGCCCCCAACUGCUAUGAGUCCCUGUUGGAAAACCUGGAUGACCAGAGUCCAGAGUUGGCAGAGGAGCUGCGCUGGCUGUCAGGUCUCCCUGCCAUGGGCAACAGCCCAAGGAGACGCCUGGGCACUAGGAAUGGCCUCCAGGAGCAAGACCCCCCUUCAAGGUCCCGAAGAGUAGGCUCCAUACCAUCCAAGACCCGCUAGCUGGAGCCAGGUACAGACAAGGCCCUGUGACCUGACACACUAUAGCCAAGUGGCCAAGCUGGACUUAGAUCUAAGGGAACUGGCUGUAACCUCUGCCUCAUGUGAUCAGCUACAAACUGACAGCAGCCCAACAGAACUCCUCUUUCAGAAUCUGGAAUUACUGAGAAGUUGCAUCAGCUAGAGGGGCAAGGUCACAGACAGAAUAUGAGACUCUUGGGGAGACCCUUAAAAUGUAGAUACAGAGAAAGGGGCCCAGGCAGAAACAAGGGUGAAGGGGGCAGUGUCCGUGUGGGCAAAGACAACAAUCUCCUGAGAUUACAACCAGCCAGUCUGAUGCCCUUGGGGAUCAUCUGCUAAUGCCUCUGAGCUUUUUUGCUCAAGGCUAGCAUUCUACCACUUUAAGACACAGUCCACUUCCAAUUUUCUGGUUGUUAAUUAGAGGUAAGCAUCUCAUUGACUUUCCUGCCCAGACUG